AAGUUAUUUAAGAGCCAACUUUCUAGUCAUUUUUUCCUGCGUCCAUUUGAGGAAGCCCAGAGACACACCGGCCAGGUCUGCCCCAGGGCCCCUCUGGCAGGGACCACAGUUGCUUGUGAAACUGAGAAUGUCAGAAACAACCACGGCCACCUUCGGAGGAAGGAGAUCAGUCCCACCCAACAACUCCAAUGCCGCAGAAGAUGACCUUCCCACCAUGGAGCUGCAGGGCCUGGUGCCCCGAGGUGUCAGCCUGCAAGACUAUCUGAACGUCGUGAAUGUUUACCUGUUCAAGGAGAGAUGGGACAGCAACAAGGUGGACCACCACACUGACAAGUAUGACAACAACAAGUUGAUUGUACGUCGAGGACAGCCUUUCUACAUCCAGAUAGACUUCAAUCGUGCAUAUGACCCCAGAAGGGAUCUCUUCAGGGUGGAGUAUGUCAUUGGGCGCUACCCUCAGGAAAAUAAGGGCACCUACAUCCCAGUUCCUGUUGUCCCAGAGCUACAGAAGGGAAAGUGGGGCGCUAAAGUUAUCACGAGAGAGGACAAGUCCGUCCGGCUGUCUGUCCAGCCGUCCCCAGGGUGCAUUGUGGGCAAGUUCCGCAUGUACGUUGCUGUCUGGACCCCCUACGGCAUAAUCCGCACCAGCCGGAACCCAGAAACGGACACGUACAUCCUCUUCAAUCCUUGGUGUGAAGAGGAUGCUGUAUAUCUGGAUGAUGAGAGACAACGAGAAGAGUAUGUCCUGAAUGACAUUGGGGUUAUUUUCCAUGGAGACUUCAAGGACAUCAAGAAUAGAAGCUGGAGCUAUGGUCAGUUUGAGGAUGGCAUCCUUGAUGCAUGCCUGUAUGUGAUGGACAGAGCAAAAAUGGACCUCUCUGGUAGAGGAAACCCCAUCAAAGUCAGCCGCGUUGGGUCUGCCAUGGUUAAUGCCAAAGAUGAUGAAGGCGUCCUCGUUGGAUCCUGGGACAAUAUCUAUGCCUAUGGCGUACCCCCAUCAGCCUGGACCGGAAGUGUUGACAUCCUAUUGGAAUACCAAAGCUCCAAGAGUCCAGUCCGAUAUGGCCAGUGCUGGGUUUUCGCUGGUGUAUUUAACACAUUUUUGCGAUGCCUGGGGAUACCAGCAAGAGUCGUUACCAAUUAUUUCUCAGCCCACGAUAAUGAUGCCAAUUUGCAAAUGGAUGUCUUCCUGGAAGAAGAUGGGAAUGUGAACUCCAAGCUCACGAAGGAUUCAGUGUGGAACUACCACUGCUGGAAUGAGGCCUGGAUGACAAGGCCUGACCUUCCUGUUGGAUUUGGUGGUUGGCAAGUCGUGGACAGCACCCCCCAGGAAAACAGUGAUGGGAUGUACCGGUGUGGCCCAGCCUCUGUUCAAGCCAUCAAGCACGGCCAUGUCUGCUUCCAGUUUGAUGCACCCUUUGUUUUUGCAGAGGUCAACAGCGAUCUUGUUUACAUUACAGUCAAAAAAGAUGGCACUCAUGUGGUUGAAACUGUGGAUUCCACCCACAUUGGGAAAUUAAUUGUGACCAAAGAAAUUGGAGGAGAUGGCGUACAAGACAUUACUGAUACUUAUAAAUUCCAGGAAGGUCAAGAAGAAGAGAGGCUGGCCCUAGAAACUGCCCUGAUGUAUGGAGCUAAAAAACGCAUCAACACAGAAGGCAUCCUGAAACCACGGUCCAAGGUUGACAUGAACUUUGGAGUGGAAAAUGCUGUGCUGGGGAAAGACUUCAAAAUUACCAUCACCUUUCAGAACAACAGCCCCAACCGUUACACCAUCUCAGCCUAUCUCUCGGGCAACAUCACCUUCUACACCGGUGUCGCCAAGGUCGAAUUCAAGAAGGAGACAUUUGAUGUGGUGCUGGAGCCUUUAUCCUUCAAGAAGGAGGAGGUGCUGGUCAGAGCCGGCGAGUACAUGGGCCAGCUGUUGGAACAGGCCUCCCUGCACUUCUUCGUCACAGCCCGUGUCAACGAGACCCAGGAUAUCCUGGCCAAGCAGAAGUCCAUUGUGCUAACAAUCCCCAAGGUCAUCAUCAAGGUCCAUGGAGCUAAAGUAGUUGGUUCUGACAUGGUUGUGACAGUAGAGUUCACCAAUCCUUUAAAGGAAACUCUGCAAAACGUCUGGAUUUACCUGGAUGGUCCUGGACUCACGAGACCAAGAAGAAAGCUGUUCCGUGAAAUCCGGCCCAACGCCACCGUGCAGUGGGAAGAAGUAUGUCGACCUUGGGUCUCUGGCCGUCGGAAGCUUAUAGCCAGCAUGACCAGUGACACCCUGAGACACGUGUACGGCGAGCUGGGUGUGGAGAUUCAAAGACAACCUUCUGUGUAAAAGCACUGAAGGCCUCUUACAGUCUUGGCCAAGGAUGUUCCAACACACAAAUAGUCAGCUCUUGCUUUAACUUAGGUGCAAAGGCCCAGAUAGCACUGGAUAAGACCCCAGAGUAGGGGUGCCAUGUGUUCCAAGACACACUUUUUCAAACCCAGGCUAUUCAGCAUGAAAGUCAGUUUUUAAUUGCCAGCUUCCAAAGGAUUCUGAGUAUUAACUUUAAUUAAGCUCUAAUUAAGCUCUCAUAGCUCAUAAGAGUAAAGGUCAUCAUUUAUCAUCUGAAAUGGCUGCAAAUUCAAAUAUCAGAGGACUUCCUUUAGCUGAGGGGUUUGCCCAAUACCAGGCUUCAUUUAAAACAAGACUUCUGGCUCCUUAUUCUGCCCCAUAGGGGUAACACACUCCCCAAAAGGGAGGGAAGCACGUGAUUUGGGCCAUCGAAAUCUAUUCCUUUUUCUUGGAUUCAGGUUCUACCCUCUGUGUCAGAAUAUUUUUCCCACCCACAAAUUGAGCACAACAUCAUUUUUCUGCUUGGCAAAGCCAGGGAAAGGUCUUUCAUCUCGCACCUGCAGCAAAGUGACUGCCUGCCAAAUUUCACAGAUUUACCUUGUGCAAAGAUGUGGCCCGUAUUAACAAAUUGCAUUUGUGGGAAACUUAAUCACUUAAGAGGAGAUAAAAAAGCAACACUCAAAUCUAUUAAAUAAUGUAGUUUUAUGAUGCAUUUUAUAGGAGCCCUCACACUGUGGCCUGAUCAGCAGGAACCAAUAUCCUUUACGUUAACCCUUUUUGGGGUACAGUACUUGGAAGUGACGAGGCUGGUUUGGGACAGGAGGGAUGAGGGACUCGCCUCCUUAAUUUGUGAUUGUACUUCAUCUCUCUGUCUGGAAUCAUCUCCUGUGCACUAUAAUGCAGGCCUAGGUACUUUGGCAGAGGUAGAAUAAGCCCAAUACGUUGGAGGAGCUGGAAGAUUUAGUGAGCAGACGCGUGGGAGGACUGGCAGCCACUCUCUUGCCCUUCCCAUGCCCCACAUCAAGACCUCAACUGAGCGCCCAGGGGCUAAAAAGUAAUAUGGGGUCGGCCUUGAAAAUAGCCAAUAGGUUCAGACCCAAUGCCAGAGGUUGCUGAUGGCAUUUGUAUUAUGCACCAGGAGACAAGGCUGCCUGGUAUUUAUUUGCAAGGCUGAUUUAUGGUCAGCAUUUCCCACUGAUAUGCCUAGGGUGUGAUUUAGGUCACUAGAUUAUGAGUCUUUGCAAAAAAAUGGACAGAAGAAGGGAGUUGGAAGAAAGCAGAGCAGAAUGCCCUGGUCAGUAUAACUACAAUUUUAGGCUUUUGAGACUGUUUUUUGAGGCUGUUCCUGAGCCUUCAGCACCAAGAAUCCAUGAAGAUCAGGUGGUUCUCACUAUAGGCGCAUCAUACCUAACUCUAUUAAGUAAUCUCUUGGCGUUUUCCAAGCUUUCCAAUACCCAAUUUUAAAAUUAAAUGCAUUUUGCUAGACUAUUAAACUAGCUUGACUUCAUGUAUUCUUAUUAACUAGAAUGUAAUAGAAGCUUAAAAUAAAGUUAACCUGAUUAUGUUUGCAUCCACACAGAAGUAAGCCCUCUUCAUUUUCAGC